CACAGUGGUUAAAAGCUCAGAUGCUAACCAAAAGGUGGGCAGUUCAAAGCCACCAACUGCUCCUCAGGAGAAAAAUGGCCGUCUGCUUCAGUAAAGAUUAAAGAUUACAGCCUUGGAAAUCCUAUGGGGCUGUUCUACCCUGUCCGUAGGGUCUCUGUCUUAGUUAUCUAGUGCUGCUAUAACAGAAAUACAAGUGGAUGGCUUUAACAUUUAUUUUCUCACAAUUUAGGAGUCUAGAAGCCUGAAUUCAGGGUGCCAGCUCUAGGGUAAUGUUUUCUCUUAGCUCUGGGAGAAGGUCCUUGUCUCUUCUAAGCAUCUGCUCCUGAGCAAUCUUCAUGUGGCUUGGCAUCUCCCCCCAUCUCUCCUUCUCUCACUUGUGUAAUCUCUUUUAUAUCCCAAAAGAGACUGACUGAAGAUAAGCUGUACUCUUAUCCUGCCUUAUUAACAUAACAAAGAUAACCCAUUCCAAAUAGAAUUAUAACCACAAGCAUGCAAACCAAAAACCAAAUCAAUGGAUUCCAACUCAUAGCCAUCCUAAAGGCAUGGAGGUUAGGAUGUACAACACAUACUUUUGGGGAUAUAAUUCAAUCCAUAACAGUUGCUAAGAGUCAGAAUCUACUCGACGGCAACGAGCCAAGCUGCCAGCUCAGGGUGUCACCGGGGACUUCAGUUCCCAGGAGGUGUUUCUGAACCAUGGCCCAGAGUUUAUGGAACCUGUACAGCCUUGCCUCUGGGCCACCUGGUGGCCAGGUACAGACCUAGCCCAGGCCCCUCCCUUACCUGGGGCAGUCCCCGCCCUGGUGGCCACUAGAGACGGCAACAGACGAGCCCAGGGGCCAUGGAAGAGAGCCUGACCUGGGGAUCUGACACGGGGGGCGCCUCUAGGGAGUGGCUGGCACCCCGGGAGGCCAGACCAGGCCCGUCCCUGUCCUCUGUGCUGAACGAGCUCCCCAGCGCUGCCACCCUCAGGUACCGAGGCCCUGGAGUGCUGCCUUGGGGGGCACUGGAGGAGCAGGAUGAGGAUGAAGGAGGGAGCAUCCAGGCCUUUGUGGAAGCCACCCAAAAGGAGCUGCUGCAGGACCCUCGCCCCUCCCGGGAGCUGCCCUGGCCCAUGCAGGCCAGACGGGCACACAGGAAGAGCCACACUGGGAACGAAGUGGCCCAUAACUCGGGGUCCAGGGCGGCACACUGGGCCCGGAGGCUUCGGAGGUCCAGGGAGAAGAUGGGGGAAGGUUGGCAUACCCUGCAGCCCUGGGCGUGGACGCUGAAGAGGAUCGGGGGCCAGUUCGGGGCCGGCACCGAGUCCUACUUCUCCCUGCUGCGCUUUCUGCUAUUUCUCAACGUGAUGGCUGCUGUACUGAAUGCCUGCAUGACGCUGCUGCCCACCUGGUUGGAAGGGACCCCCCCGGGGCCCCCCAACCCUGAUACCUCCUCACCUUGCGGCUUCUACAACCCGACCCUCCAGGGGCUGGUUACUUUCCCCACCCAGCUCUUCAACUUGCUCUCGGGAGCGGGUUAUCUAGAAUGGUCACCUCUCUUCUAUGGAUUCUACCCGCCCCGCCCACGCCUGGCGGUCACCUACCUGUGCUCACUCUUUGUCACUGGCCUCCUCAGCCUGCUGCUCAUCCUGCACCGCUCAGUGUCCGGCAUGAAACAGACGUUGUUGGCCGAGUCGGGGACUCUGACGAGCUACAGCCAUCGCGUGUUCUCGGCCUGGAACUUCGGCCUCUGUGGCGAUGUCCACGUGCGGCUGCGCCAGCGUGUCAUCUGCUACGAGUUGCAGGUGGAGCUGGAGGAGGCAGUGGUGCGGCACCAGGCUGCAGCGCGGACCCUGGGUCAGCAAGCCAGGGUGUGGUUGGUGCGGGGGCUGCUCAACCUGCUGGUGAUUGCGCUUCUGGGUGCAGCCCUCUGUGGAAUUUACUGGGCUACGGAGUACACCGUGGAGCUGCAGGAGAAUUCCUUUGUCCAGCAGACGCCACUGCUAAAGCUGCUGGUGGAUUACCUUCCAUCCAUCUUCAUUGCCGUAUUCAACUUCGUGCUGCCACCCGUGUUCACGUUCAUUGCCUCGCUGGAGGGCUACACCCGAAGCCGCCAGAUCGUUUUAAUCCUGCUCAGGACUGUGUUUCUCCGCCUUUUCUCUCUCCUGGUCCUGCUCAUCUCUCUCUGGUAUCAGAUCACUUGCGGGGGCAAUGCCGAGGCUGAGGAUUGCAAAGCCUGUGGCUACAAUUACAAAGAACUUCCGUGCUGGGAGACCCGGCUGGGGCAGGAGAUGUACAAACUCCUGCUUUUUGAUCUGCUGACCGGCUUGGCAGUCACGCUACUCAUCCAGUUUCCUCGAAAGCUGCUCUGUGGCUUCUGUCCCGGGGCGCUGGGUCGUGUGGCCGGUACCCUGGAGUUCCAGGUGGUCGGCGAGGUGCUGGAGCUGAUCUAUGCGCAGACAGUGGUCUGGGUGGGGAGUUUUUUCUGCCCUUUACUGCCCCUGCUCAACACGGCCAAGUUCCUGCUACUUUUCUAUCUGAAAAAGUUCUACCUUUUCUCCACCUGCUCCCCGGCUUCCCGCACCUUCCGGGCCUCCGUGGCGAAUUUUUUUUUCUCCCUGAUCCUCCUCCUGGCUCUGGCCGUCUCCGCUGUUCCCGUGCUUUAUAGCAUCUUCCUGAUCCCGCCCUCCAAGCUGUGUGGUCCAUUCCAGGGACAGCCAUCCAUCUGGGCCCAGAUCCCUGAGUCUAUUUAUGGCCUCCCUCGGGCCGCUCAGAACUUUCUCUUCUUCCUGGGGACCCAGGCCUUUGCUGUGCCCCUUCUGCUGUUCUCCAGCAUCCUCAUGGCAUAUACAGUGUCCGUGGCCAACUCAUAUGGGCGCCUCAUCUCUGAGCUCAAGCGCCAGAUAGAGACGGUGAGGCAGGCUGGGUACCUGGGAAAGCUCCUGGAGAAUAUGGAAAGGGACAUGAGGGAGGGAAGAUGUGUCUCACUUCCACCUGUUUUUACUCAAGGAGGCGCAGAAUAAAGUCUUCCUGGCACAGCGCGUUGUGGCGCUGAGCUCGGCCAGUGGGGCUCUGUGACUUGCGCAGCCUGGCUCAGAAUGAAGUAACCACUUUCGGGUUCCAGAUCUGCCCCCAGGCUUUGUGUCAUACCCUUUGUAAGCCUCGACUAUUCACAUCUGUAAAAUGGGAGUACUGGAGAAGACUGCACUCUUCCAGCCUAGGAUUUGGAGAAUUCUGGCCGUCAAGUCCCUGACUCUAUUGAAAUUUUUCUUUUAUCAAUAAAUACAACUGGAAGCUGCUGGUGGUGCAAUGGUUAAGUGCUUGCCUGCUAAUGAAAGAUCAGUGGUUCAAACUCAUCAGCCACUCCUCUGGAGAAAAAUGUGGCAAUCUGCUUCUGUAAAGAUUAAAAAAAAAAUUAGAGCCUUGGAAACCUUAUGGGGCAGUUCUACUCUGUCCUAUAGGGUCACUAUGAGUCAGAAUCAACUUGACAUUAACGGGUUUUGGUUUUUGGCUUGAAGGCUGCUGAGCGCUCUUUGAAACCUGUUUUCUCAAACCGGGCCAGGGCUUCAUCGUAGGAUGAGCCAAUCAAAUGUAUUGGAAUUUGUGAUGGUGUUACACGCUUUUCCGCGAGACGACUUGACAGGCAUGAGAGCCAAUCGUCGGCGGCUUCUGCAGCGCUUGGGGCGG